AUGGCUGGGAUUUGUUGUGGAUUUGUUGGUGAAAGUGAAACAACUGCAACGGUUGAGCCAACUUCGCGAGCUUCAAGGCGUAGGAGAUUAGAGCUCAGACCAUUCAAGUUAGUUACCGAAGUGGCAGUUCCACCGUCGACGACUUUGGAUAUUACUCCAGCGAAACGGCAGAAAGUCGAAUUGUGUCCUAUUUCUCUCUCACGUGAUUGUGGUAACGCAUUAGAAAACUGCAAAAGAAUCGAAGAAAAUAAAAACAAUAGUAUCUCGGAUUCAAGUAAAUCAGAAUCUGUGAAAUUGGAAGAAGUUGCUCCCAAAUUCGGCAUGACUUCUGUUUGUGGUAGAAGAAGAGACAUGGAAGACGCCGUUUCAAUACACACGUCGCUCACUACUAAAAACACGUCCUUUUUUGGUGUUUUCGACGGUCAUGGUUGCUCACACGUGGCGAUGCAGUGUAGAGAUCGGUUACAUGAAAUAGUGAAAGAAGAAAUUGAAGGUUUGAAAGAAGAAAAAUGUGUAGAAUGGAAAAGAACUAUGGAGAAAAGUUUUGCAAAGAUGGAUAAAGAAGUGGAGAAAUGUUGUGCAGAAGGAGAUAGUAGUUCUAAUUGUAGGUGCGAGUUACAGACACCACAGUGCGACGCCGUUGGAUCUACCGCUGUGGUUGCUGUGGUGACGCCUGAAAAGAUCAUUGUCUCCAAUUGUGGCGAUUCUCGUGCGGUGCUUUGUCGAAAGGGUGUCGCUGUUCCUCUCUCAUCUGAUCACAAGCCUGAUCGAGCAGAUGAAUUGCUUCGAAUCCAAGAAGCUGGUGGCCGUGUGAUUUAUUGGGAUGGCCCAAGAGUUCUUGGUGUCUUGGCCAUGUCAAGAGCCAUAGGUGAUAAUUACUUGAAGCCCUAUGUGAUACCGGAGCCGGAGGUGACCAUGACGGAGCGGACGGAGGAGGAUGAGUGUUUGAUAUUGGCAAGUGAUGGGCUGUGGGAUGUGGUGUCCAAUGAUACUGCUUGUGGGGUUGCGCGAAUGUGCCUUCGUGCCCACAAGCAAUCCUCAGUACCCGGUUCUCCUGGCAGCGAGGCUGCGUUAGGUAGUGGCGCCGUUGAGAGUUCGGAUAAGGCCUGCUCAGAUGCGUCAAUUCUGUUGACCAAGUUGGCCUUGGCGAGGCAUAGCACGGACAAUGUUAGUGUUGUUGUUGUUGAUUUGAAAAGAAAUCAACAUUAA